AACGUGUUUUGUACCCAAAGAAAGAUAUCGGAAUUCAGAGGCGGCGGUCUUUGAGGAUAAGAAGAUCGCGUCGCUCUGUGAAUCUUGAUCGAUUUUCACCGUUGAUUUCUUUGGAACACCUUCGGAAUUCAUCGGAGUCUGGAGAUCUGUGUUCCGGGUUUUCUGUUACAUCAUAUUCGAUUUAGGUGUUUCAGGUCUGUUCUAGGGUUUCUAUUUUUUUGUCCUUUUGUUGUGUUAUUGUUUUGUCGCUGAAAAUCAGUUGUUGGUGUUGUGUUACUAAUCAUGGCGGCAGGACGACACAACUUCUUGAGCAAAAGACAAGAAGCUGUUUCUUAUAGAUCCAGAUCCAGCACUCAAUUUACUAAAGUUUCAGAUGAAAGAAACGGGUUCAUUGAUGGAUCUACGAGGAAGAGAAAGGUUUCACCGAUUGUGUGGGACAGAUUUGAUGAGAAGCAAGUGAAGAUUUGUUCUAAGAACAGAGUUUAUUCCACUAGCUCUGUUGUUAGUCGGUUUUCGUCGCCUGAAAUCGGUUCGGUUGCUGGUAAAACUGAGUGUCGAAUUUCUUCUGUUGAGUCUGUUGUUUCUAAUGUUUCAGAUGAUGUGGAAUCACCAAGGUUGUUGGCUGCAAAUUCUCCCGAAGAUGGAGAGUAUGUUGUGGCUCCGAACUUAUCGAAAUCGAAGUGGGCGUUUGAAGACUCGCCAAGACUCGAAUCUGAUGUUACUUAUUCAAGCCCGGAGAGUGGUGAAUUCAAGCAAGAUGAGGUGUUUUUGUCAGAUGAAGAUACCAACAAUGUUGAUGAAAAGGUUGCCGGUGCUAGCUCGGGUUACUUAAGCUCCGAAAGUGAUGACGAGAAUGAAACUUCGUUAUCCACCGGAUCAGGCAUAUGGCCGAGUUGUAGACAUGUGACUGAAUACGAGAGAUUGGGUAAGAUUAAUGAAGGCACUUACGGUGUCGUUCACAAAGCUAGGGAUAAGAAAACCGGAGAAGUUGUGGCGUUGAAGAAGGUGAAGUUGGGGAGUGACAGAGAAGGUUUCCCGGUGACAGCUUUAAGGGAGAUUAACAUUCUCGGUAUGUUACAACACCCGUCUCUCGUAGAAAUGAAGGAAGUUGUUACUGACGAUUUCGAUGGUGUUUAUAUGGUUAUGGAGUGUGUUGAUCAUGAACUUAAAGGGUAUAUGGAACGAAUGAAGCAGCCGUUUAGUCAAGGCGAGGUGAAACGCCUUAUGAUACAGCUUCUGGAGGGUGUGGCUUAUCUUCAUGAUAACUACGUGAUGCAUAGGGAUUUGAAGACCUCAAACUUGCUGUUGAACAACGAUGGUGAGUUGAAGAUUUGUGACUUCGGGAUGUCUCGGCAUUAUGCGAGUCCGCUUAAACCGUAUACUUCUUUGGUGGUCACACUUUGGUACAGGGCGCCUGAGCUUCUUUUGGGGAUGAAAAAUUAUUCAACUGCUAUUGACAUGUGGUCGGUGGGUUGUAUAAUGGCGGAGUUGCUGUCUGGUAAACCGCUUUUUGAUGGCAACAAGGAAGUUGAGCAGAUUGACAAGAUUUUCAGAACGCUUGGAACACCGAAUGAGUCUAUAUGGUCUGGGUACUCGAAGCUUCCAGGUGUCAAACCCAACUUUGUCAAACAACCGUAUAGUCUUUUGAGGAAGAAGUUUCCUGUGGCUGUUUUUACAGGCUCACCUAUGCUUACCGAGUUGGGAUUUGAUUUGUUGAACAAGUUUCUAACGUAUGAUCCGGAGAAGAGGAUAACCGCGAGAGAAGCUCUUGAUCAUGGAUGGUUUCGUGAGGCUCCUCUUCCUGCUGAACAUGUUAGGAUUUGUAGAUAGAUGUGACCUCUUUGAUCUUUAUAGUGUAAAACAUUAUUAAUGAUCUUUGUAGCAUGACUAGUUGAUUAUCAAUGCAUUUGGUGAUAUUACUUGUUGCCUGUUUCAUGGUA